CGAAGAUGUAUUGAAAAUGUUAAUCGAAGAUGGCUAUGAUGAUGAUGAUGAUAUAAAUUUUGAAAUCGAUUCCGAAGCCGAAAGAAGAUUACUUGAAGGUGAUACAAUUAGUUCUGUUAAUUCAUCUCCAACCACUGAAAUUGAUAAAGAUAUAAAAUGUGAAAAAAAUUCUUCAUCAAAUCAAAGCAUCGAAAUUGCUUAUCAUUUAAAAUCAAACCAAUCGACUAAUGAUGGUGAUACGAAAAAUCAAACUGAAUCUAAUCAAAAUCGACAGCUUUUGAAACGGCCAUACAAGGAUUUAUCAUCAAACGGAAAUAAUAGUAAUGUAAAUAAUAAUUCCCGUAAUCAAUCCCGAUUUAAGAGGCCGAGAUAUCCCAAUAAAAAUUCAUCGAUCAACAUACAGAAUGAAUUUUUCAAUAUUGGUAAAAAUAUGGCAUUCAGAUUUCCAUCUCGUAGACCAUCGAAUUCUUCAACAGUUCAAAAAUCAGGACCUAUUUAUCGAUUUCCAUCCACGACGCCAUCACCAUCAUUACUUCCAAGGCCUCAACCUUUAUCGAAUAUGCCAAUAGAUCCAAUUCUUUCAGCAGAUUUUUUCAAUAAUCAAAACAAUGAUAAUUUUUUUCAGAGACCAUUUAGCAGUUGUAAUUCUGUUAUGAGUCCAGGAUACAAUGGUUUUCCCUCGGCUAUCAUACCGAAUCCAUUCAAUCCACCACCAAUUAAUAUUAUGCCCUUUUUAACAAAUCGUUCGCCAUUCAUCAAUGAUCACCAAACACCAAAUGAAUCAUAUAUUGGAUUUCCAACUAGCAAUGUUAAUAAUAAUCAUCUGAAUAACUUUAAGCCACCUUUAAUAUCAAAUAAUAAUAUUCAAAAUCCUCGUUUUAAUUUUCCUGAUCAUUCGAAUCGACAUUUCAACCAUAAUAUCAACAACUCAAUUCAUCCGAUAACAACUAGUUCUAAUCAUCAUGGUAAUUCAUUAUUACCAGAUCCUCCACUAUUGAGACCUGUUCGAAAUUUGACUGUAUUGAAUCAAUCAAAUUUUCAAUCAAAACCGAAUAAUCAACAACAAAAAAGACCAAAUUUUCUCCACACAUCAAAUAAUGCAUCGAACGUGAAUAAUAAUCCAAAAAUUAUGAUUAAUAAUCAGAAAACGAAUGUCAUCAAGACCUCUGUACAAAAUCAAAAUCUAAAAUCAUUGACAUCCGAUAACUCCUAUAAUGAAACGUUGACUAAUCCUAGCACAAAUUGUAUGCCAAAAUCGACAACCAGUAACCAGUACCACCUUUCUAUAGCAGCAACAAUAACCACUAAGGAAACAUCAACUACCAAGGACCAGAGGUCAAAACCUAUUCUAAGGAAAAAGAAAAAGAAGGAAGUUAAUAAACAAACACAACCAAAACAGAAUCAAACUUGUUAUUGCUGAAAAGGUUGAAGAGAUAAAAGGUUCAUUCGGUAUCGAUGAAGAAUAUAUGA